AUGUUGGUUCUUAUGACAAGCUUAUUGGAAACCGAGCUUGUUUCUGUUGAAAGAGUAAAAGAGUAUUCGGUAAUAGAUACAGAGGUAAACCGAAAAUUAUUUCAUUACAUUUUUAUGCUAAAUGUAUGCUUAUCUUAUUCCUUCCUUCUAUAGCUAAUUUUUUGGGUUUUGACUUUUGUCCCUACUUAAAAUAAGUCAGACUGAACUAUCUCAUUAAAUGGUUUAAACAGCAUAAAGUGAACUGAAUAACCCCCUUAUGUUUUAAAAAUCUCUAACAAACCAUUUUGAAUACACGGUGUCACUAAUUAUCUUACUUGCACAAUAAUUGCCUUUCAUAGUUAUUAUUGGACGUUAGUGGUUAAUUAACAGCUCUCGGUUUGCGGGCUUUAGAGGCGUCCGAAUUGUAACAAUUUGUUCUUUCGUUCUAUAGAUGCCGUCUGAGGUUAAUAAGAAUACCACUUAGUUUCCAAACUUGAGUUAACUUAUUAAUCAUUCUUUUCUAAUUUUGGUGUCGUUGAACCAAAAGCUAAGAUGAUUACAUUGACCAAUCUGAAAAUUUGCUGAAAAGCAAGGUGGUCAAUCAGAACCUUGCAGCAAAUGCUUUGUGACCAAGUCAUGAUUUUUUUCCGUUCUCAUUGGCUCAUUGUCUUAGCAAUGCAAAGUAAUUAAAAACUGCUUGAUUAAAAACAAAGUAUUUGAUUUUCUUUCAAAUAGGCUGAGUGGAUUAAACCAGAUAAUCGACCCCCAGAUGACUGGCCUAACACUGGUGGUGUUGUUAUAGAAGAGUUUGACUUGAGAUAUAGGGAAGGGUUGCCUCUUGUACUUAGACAGAUCAAUUGUGAUAUUAAACCCGGAGAAAAGGUAUUACAACUAUUAAAUGUCUACAUUCAACUUCCUUGGUGUUUUCCUGUUAGGAGGCUAGUCAACACUACUGAUGUUUACAUGAAGUUUUUUCUUGUGUGUAAAGCCCUUUAUUUCAAUUUUGAGCAGGUUAGCUGUCUACUUCACUGCGUGGCAUCAUCAUCAUCAUCAUCAUCGUCAUCAUCAUCGUCACCAUCAUCUUUAUAAACAUCAUGUUCAUUUUCAUUAUCAACAUCAUUAUUGUUAUAGUAGUCUGAUAUCAUGGGUGACCAUUUACUGCAGAAUUCUGGCGCGAAAUAUGGUCGUAAAGUUUAUAAUAUUACGUGUGAUGUUAUCAAACUGCCGUUGGUAAAGAUUCCUAUAUCUCAGUGCCAAGAUGGCGUAUAGGUUAAAAGAUAUUACGGAUGAAGAUAUUACGGCAUUGAAAGACGUUAAAAAAAAGGGAAAGAGCAUAAAUUAUAAUCAACAAGAAGAUCCUAACGGGCUAAAUCCAGAAAUUGUAAACGUAAGCUAAUAUGUCUGCUUUCCCACCCUUUUGACAAAAAGUAAUUAGUUUCAUUCUAUUUACAGCUUUUAUUCGUCACCAUCACAUUAUCCAUACCUACUAUUACCAUAGACAUAUCCGACUUAGAAGUAUAACUCGAGCCCAAACUUGGGUGUGUCUCAGGCGAUCGUCAUUCAGAUUUCGUUUCUAACUCGUGUAUCGAGUUACUCUUACUGGUGUAAAGCGAAUAGUUUGUUAUACCGAGGACUUCGUUAUAGAGAGGUUCGUUAUAUCAAAGUUCGGAAAUGGAUUCAGACGCUAAACGUACCAUUUUAUUGUUGAAAAUGAAAAGUAGAUUUUCUGAUGAACACUCGAUUGUAAAUUAUGGAAAUCCUGUUUCGUGAAGUUAUGUUCUUGCGAUGGCGGAGAAAUUGUAUCGUGGUUUCGUAAGGUGUUAUCAUAUUGAUUGCUACUUAUUUAUUUGCUUUGUGUGACCUUAUUUGAGUGUGGAACCUAAUUAAGUGACCUAGCAUGAAACAUGUCGAGUGAUCGAACUUAGUUCAGUUUAUUAUAUUAUUCUUUAUCUUUUUGUCAUUAUAAGUCCUUGCAACAAAGUGAUAAGUUCUUUUUCUUUUUACAGAUCGGUGUUGUGGGCCGCACCGGAGCUGGAAAAUCGUCCCUGACUUUAGCUUUGUUUCGUAUUCUGGAGAGAGCUGGAGGAAGAAUUUUAAUUGAUGGAAUUGAUAUCGCUAGUAUUGGACUGCAGGAUCUACGCUCUAGACUCACUAUCAUUCCCCAGGUAAUAUCAUAGGCACGUAUAUAACAUGCACAUAGAUGUAGUUAGAGUCAGAGAGCAUUCUGAGGAAAGCUUCAAAAAGAAUUCUAAGUAACUAAAAUGCUUUGUUCUACUGGACUUCCGUAAGCUCGAUUAUUCCUGAUCAUCCUAAGCAUUUAUAAGAAGUGCAUCUUGUACUGGGGUAAAAUAUUCCCGGAUAAAAGUGGUCUUAACCUGGUUUGAUUUACAUUUUCCUUUAUUUCUUAACCAUAACUAUUUAUCGGAAACAAGGGAAAUUCUGCUUAAGCAUGAGAAGGGGUUUGACUCGAACAUGCACACAUUGUUAUCGCAUGCGUUGGAAAACUGUUUCAACAUCAAUGGCUUAGAUACUUAUAAGACAGUGAAGUGAUAAAGAACAUUGCAUUCAUACACAGCCACGUCUACGUUGCAGGCGUUAAUUCCCUCUAAUAGGAAACCCUGCAGGGACCCGUUUCUCGAAACUUUCGUUAACUUUUCAGGCCCGAAACCAAAUUUUCAAAUAGAAAUUUAAAGAACAUAAGCGCAGAUCUCACAAACUGUUGACUGAUAGCUUUAACAUGCUAUCUGCAAAAGUAUAGAAAACAUGAUCCCGAAUAUAAGGACAACAGCUUUCCGGAUCCGGUAAUUAUCGGCCCUGCCUCGACUCGACGAAACAAAGGGUUUUUGCGCCGUCGAAUCGAUGCGUUAGAAAUUUUAAUGGCCACACUUUUUUGAGGUAUAGAUGUCGACAUCCUCACAACAUAUACCUAUUCCUUCAUUUAUUCCUACAUUAAUGUAUUUAAUGACAUCACACGGCCUUUACACGUACAUAAGUUUAACUACCUGUUCACUGAGGGCAAGAAUAACGGGCGAUAGUGACCCUUCACUGAAGAUUGAUCAAGUUCUGUUUAAUAGGAUAUUCUUUUUUAUACAGGAGCCAGUGUUGUUUUGCGGAAGUAUCCGUUUUAACUUGGACCCGUUUAAUAAACACAGUGAUGAUGAACUCUGGACGGUCAUGGAAGUUAGUCAUUUAAAGAGCUUUGUGUCGGGACUAAAUGACGGACUACAGCACAAGAUAACAGAAGGAGGAGAGAAUCUAAGGUGAAACGCGUGUGCAUUUUCACUAACUCCCUAUUUGGUAAUAUACUAGCUGAAUAGUAUCUAGUGUCAAUUUUGUUUUGCCCAAAUUGUGCCCGCUACUGGGCUUAUUAAAAGUUCGGCAACUCAUCAGGACUUUGAGCGAUUAAAAAGCUCGUUGAGACUCUCGGGAGUUUUCAUUUCCAUCAGUAAAGAAUUCUUUUCUUAAGAAGUAGUUGUAACCAAUGUUUCGGACGAGUAAUUAGGCCGGCGAGUGACGUGCAGGAUGAGGUAUUCUAUCUAAGAAAAGAAAAGCUGAAAGCUCUGGACAACGCAUGAAUAAAGUAGACGUCGUGCAUCCCGUCUCAAAUUCAGUGUUGAAUUGCUAUCGCUAAACAUACUGGUGAUGUGGAGGUUUCACGAUUUAUCGGUGUCAGUCUUCCGUCUUUACCGAGACGAAGUCUGGUCCCAAAUUUUCUUCGCCCAGGCAAUUUAUCAGCUUGGACAGCAAACAAGAGAGUGAUGAAAAGCCAGCGUGAGCCCAACCCAAGCUAUUUCCCCAUUGGGAGCUCUGGGGAAAAGAUCUAUUGUAACCAUUCAUAAUAUCAGACUAUUAAGACAGUCUCUACUUUUUCACAGUGUUGGUCAGCGGCAGUUGUUGUGUUUAGCACGUGCGUUGCUGCGUGACAGUAAGGUCCUUGUUCUUGAUGAAGCCACAGCCGCGGUGGAUCUGGAAACUGAUGAUCUCAUUCAACAGACGAUUCGGCGCGAGUUCGCUGACCGCACAGUGUUCACCAUUGCACACAGGCUCAAUACUAUUAUGGAUUAUGAUAGGUAAGACCAAACGGUUGGGAUUAACAGAGGUGUACAAGUGACCAAGAUACUCGGAUACUACGCUUUUGAUUUGUCAUAUCUAAUAAUGAAUGAUUGAACAAAAAUGAUUGUAUUAAACUUAUCUUCACUUUGCUUUUAUUGUACCCUGUAUGAUGGUCCGAGAUAUGCGUUAUUUCUGACUGUUCGAAAAUCAUGUAUCAUUCCGGAACGUUGCUUUGAGGUUUAUGGAAAGAGCUUUCAUGACACCUUUUAAGCAUAAAAACGUCCUCUGAGACCUUUUGGAGAGGCGAUUUCAGGUCAAUCAGAGUCAGUAUACCAGAAAUGGUGUUAAUCAUCUUACAUAUUGUAUUUGCUUUUGUAGGAUCUUGGUUCUCGAUAACGGGGUCAUCUUCGAAUUCGAUACACCUGAGAAGUUGCUGAAACAAGAAAGCUUGUUUAUGAAAAUGGCGAAAGCUGCAAAUUUAGCAUGAGUCAUACGUAAUGGAAUCCCUGCUCAAAUAAAAGAAUACAUACAGGACAAGAGCAAAAAACUGGAAAGCUGCCCUGGUUUUGAUGUGGCAGCCCACUAUACAGAGCUAUAACUACAUCCGCACCGGAAGUAAAGUCUUUGGAGGAUACUGCGACUGUGCGG